CGUCACAACUCUGACGUUGCCCUAUUGAAGUUGACAUGUAAAAUGGUUAAGGUUGGGUAAGGGUUACGGUUGUGGUAAGGUAAGGUUAGGGACGUCCCAAGGAUUCCAGAAAGAACUAACUCAAGUGAGAGGGCGGUAGUUGGGCGGAGCGUCGCAGUAACUACAAGCAGAACCAGACCCCUUUGAAAGCACAGCGGAUAGAAAUAGUGAAAAUAGCAGGCUCGCUAUCUAGAAGAAGGUGCUGGCUUUCCAACCAUAUUUCGAAUAAACGAGGGUGACUACCUCAUGAAGCUGUUUGGGAGAAUGUCAAGCGUGUGCAAAGCUGUCAUCAAGGCAAAUGUUGGCUAUUUGCAGAAUAAAUAAAGGAGCCAACAGACCUGGUGAUGAACGGUGACUCAGGUGCUGGGGUGGUGACUGCCCUCCCGCCCACCACCGCCCCCCACAAGGAGCGCUACUUUGACCGUGUGGAUGAAAGCAGCCUAGAGUACCGGCGUGAGAGAAACAUGGCUCCAGACCUCAGACAGGAUUUCAACAUGAUGGAGCAGAGGAAGAGGGUCUCCAUGAUCCUGCAGAGCCCGGCGUUUUGUGAUGAGCUGGAUACGAUGAUCCAUGACCAGCUGAAGAGGGGAAAGACCCCCACCAGCCUGUUGGCCCUGCAGCAGAUCGCUGACUUCAUGACCACCACUAUCCCCACCAUGUACCCUGCAGCGCCACAGGGAGGCAUGGCUGCACUCAACAUGAGUCUGGGUAUGGUAACUCCAGUGAAUGACCUGCGUGGAUCUGACUCUAUCUCCUAUGAGAAAGGAGAGAAACUGCUUCGUUGUAAGCUAGCUGCCUUCUACCGCCUGACAGACCUCUUUGGCUGGUCCCAGCUCAUCUACAACCACUUAACCGUCAGGGUGAAUUCAGAUCAGGAGAGGUUCAUUAUUGUCCCUUUUGGGCUUCUGUACAGCGAAGUCUCCGCCUCCAGUCUGGUGAAGAUUAAUAUGCAAGGGGAGAUUGUGGACCAGGGGAGUACCAAUCUAGGGGUCAACCAGGCUGGCUUCACUCUCCACUCAGCCAUCUAUGCAGCCCGGCCAGACGUUAAGUGCAUUGUGCACGUCCACACACCGGCAGGAGCUGCAGUGUCGGCCAUGAAGUGUGGCCUGUUACCCAUCUCUCCAGAGGCCCUGACCCUGGGGGAGGUGGCUUACCAUGACUACCACGGCAUCAUCAUAGACAAAGAGGAGAACGUCCUCAUACAGAAGAACUUGGGGCCAACCAGCAAGGUUCUGAUCCUGAGAAACCAUGGUCUGGUGUCUGUUGGGGAGACUGUGGAGGAAGCCUUCUACUAUAUCCACAACCUGGUCACUGCAUGUGAGAUCCAGGUGCGCACCCUAGCCAGUGCUGGAGGACCUGGUAACCUGGUGAUGCUGGACCCUGCUAAGUACAAAUCCCGGCCACGGUGCUCUGAGCAUGUCGAGGGCUCCACACACCCGAAAUGGCUGGUCGGGGAGCAGGAGUUUGAGGCUUACAUGAGGAUGCUGGAUAACCUGGGUUACAGGACAGGCUACCCCUACAGGUGCCCUGCCCUGCGAGACAAAGCUAAAAAGUUCCACAGCGACGUAGAGAUCGCUCCCUCGGCCACGGGCUAUUCCUAUGCCGAGGACAGUGACUCGGGCGCUCGCUCCCCUCUCAAGCACAGCUUUCAGAGGCAGCAGCGUGACAAGACCCGCUGGCCCAACUCGGACCGGCCGGAAGAGGCCUACGAGGAAGGGCCCGACGGUGGCAGCCCCAAGUUGAAGACUAAGUGGAUGAAUGAGGAAGGGAUGCGACAGGCUGCAGUAGCCAAUCAGUUUGUCCCGCUCAACACAAACCCCAAGGAGGUGCUGGAGAUGAGGAACAAGAUCCGAGAGCAGAACCUUAAGGACAUCAAGACUGCAGGGCCUGAGUCCCAGGUGCUGUGUGCUGGAAGCAUGGUGGACCGCUCCUUUGUCCAGGGAGAGCUGGUGACAGCAUCUAAGGCCAUCAUAGAGAAGGAGUACCAGCCCAGAGUCGUCAUCAACCAGAAAGGCCCCAACCCCUUCAACAAGCAGUUUGACCAGGAGCUGGAGGAAUAUCGCAAGGAGGUGGAACUCAAACAGAAAGGACCCGAUGAUGCGUUACCGGAGCCUGAGGAAGAGGUGAAGGGUCAGAGUCAGACCUGCACGCCCCCCAGCACCCCUGUCAGAGCAGAGGAAGAGCCCCAGCCGGAGCACAGCUAUAAGUAUGAGAGUGACCAGGCUCCACUGAGACAGACCCUCCCUGACCUGACCCAAGACGACGAACCCUCCGCCACCCCAGCACCCACCCUCCCCGCUGAAGACCCCACUCCUGUCCCUCCCGCCACCACUGAGGGAGAGGGGCCUGCUGACGCUUCCGCCGCCGGCAACCAAGACUGUGAACAGGACGGUGACGAAUAUCUCAGCAAAUCACCUUCCAAGAAGAAGAAGACGUUUCGCACUCCCUCCUUCCUCAAGAAAAACAAAAAGAAGAUGGAAGAAAAGGAACAAAAAGCAAAGGAAUUGUAGAUGAGACCUCUGCCUGCACACCCCUCUCACGCUUUGUAACCCUUUGCUUCCCCUUGAGCGAGCCACAACCCACAAUUUGAUAUUGAUGCUUUUUAUAAUUUGUUUGUCUGGCAUUACAACUUUGUGGGCACCUCCUAGUGUGUGCUAAUUUUCUAUUAAAAAAAAGGGUCGAAAUCACUUACGAAGUUUUAAUAAGUCGCUUUCAUUGGUGAAUGACUGUGCAUUAAGUCUGGUUCAGUGUGGCUUGUUACGCAUGCUGUCUAUUUAGGCCCACUACUUGGAGUGAGCAGUGCAUUUUUAUUUUCAAAUUAUGAUUCUUUUUUAAUAGUUACUGAAACUCGAUUAACCACUACAAUGUUUUGGGAGGUGUGUGUGUGUGUGUGUGUGUGUGUGUGUGUGUGUGUGUGUGUGUUGUGUGUGUGUGUGUGUGUGUGUGUGUGUGUGUGUGUGUGUGUGUGUGUGUGUGUGUGUCCCAAAAAAUGAAAAUAAGCUUUUACUCCGGCAUUUAACUGGUGGUAAUCGAUUCAAAAUGUAUAACUACAAAUUAACUGCAUGGUGCUAAUUUCAGAUUUCUAACAUUAGCGUAAAAUCUGUUCACUCAAACAUGGGGUCCAAGUUAGGUUUCUCUUGGCCUAUGGCCCGUGAGAACUCAAAUCAUGUCAAGAAUAGCAUAACAACUCUUAAUCUGAAUUUGACAUUCUGUCACUCCCGUACCUCUUCCAUCAACCAGGGUUUAGUGGCACCUGGUGAGAGGGAGGACUGCUGCUCCAAUCACAAAGACACAAACAAACGGGACCUAAGAGGACAGAUACAGUACUAGACAGAGAAUACAAAUGUAUUUUAUAUAGUUAAUGAUAUAGCUAUAGUCAAUUUAUUUUGUUAUUCAAAAGAAAUCUUAAUUUAGCCAUUUUCACUUGCUGUGAGAGCACUGUGAACUGAAGCACCACAGCCUGGACUGCUGUUUUUUAACCGUUGCUUUUAGAGGAAACAGUAGGUCAGCCUGGAUCCAAACUGAAAGUCAAAAAUAACAAUUCAGGCUGGAUUCAGGCUACCGAUAAGUAUAUAGGGAAUGUUGGAAUACAGUUGUUUUGAAGCCACAUCGCACCAUUUUAACACUGCAUGCAUGAUCAGUGACCACAAUGCAAUGGACUACUCUGUGAACCCCCUCUGAAAUGAAAUAACUGUCUCAAGAAAACAUCUCGCUUUCAAGUUGCAUUCAAGAUACUGGAGUUCAUGUAAUCUAUCUGUUGGUGUGAUCUUACAGCCUGGUCCCAGAUCUAUUUGUGCUGUCACA